CCGCCCGGCCCGCGCCUCUCCGCCCCGGCGCGCAUGGCGGCCCCGCGACUCCCCGGCCUCCCGCCGCCGCAGCUCCUGGUCCUGAUCGCGCUCGCCGCCGCCCAGCCGCCCCAAGAGGCCGCCUUCCGCGCGGGACACGGCGCAGCCUCCUUGCCCGCCGCCGCCGCCGCGCCCCGGAGACGGUAUCUUUUGUAUGAUGUAAACCCACCGGAAGGUUUCAACCUCCGCAGAGAUGUCUAUAUAAGAGUUGCUUCUCUUAUAAAAACUUUGUUGAAACAUGAAGCCUGGGUAUUGGUUCUGCCUCCCUGGGGGCGUCUCUAUCACUGGCAGAGUCCUGACAUUCAUCAGAUCCGAAUUCCUUGGUUUGAAUUCUUUGAUGUUCCCAGCCUCAGUAAAAACAUACCAGUUAUUGAGUACGAAGAGUUCCUUGCAGAGUCAGGUGGACCCUUUAUUGAUCAGGUGUAUGUUUUGCAAAGUUAUGCUGAAGGAUGGAAAGAUGGGACUUGGGAGGAGAAAAUAGAUGAAAGGCCAUGUAUUGACCAACUAAUGUAUUCGACAGACAAACAUAAAUACUACAGGGGAUGGUUCUGGGGCUACGAAGAAACACGCGGCAUGAAUGUGGCUUGUUUAUCUGUCCAGGGCUCUGCCUCUGUCAUAGCUCCUCUCCUUUUGAACAUCUCUGCUCGUAGGUCAGUGAUGCUAGACCGAGCUGAAAAUCUUCUUCAUGACCACUAUGGUGGCAAAGAUUAUUGGAAUACACGUCGAAGUAUGGUUUUUGCUAAGCAUCUUCGUGUGGUGGGGGACAUGUUUAGGACCAAGUUCUUAAAUUCUACUGAUGAGAAGGACAGGACACAGUAUUCUGAGGACUGGACAAAGAUGAAGGUAAAGCUGGGUACGGCCAUAGGGGGCCCCUAUCUGGGAGCCCACCUCAGGCGCAAAGACUUCAUCUGGGGUCACAGAAAUGACGUGCCUAGCAUCCAGGGAGCGGUGGAGACCAUCCGAAGGCUCCUGAAGUUGCACAAACUUCAGAGAGUCUUUAUAGCCACUGAUGCCAUUGCAAAGGAGACUGAAGAGUUGAAGAGACUUCUUCCAGAGAUGGUGAGAUUUGAACCUAACUGGGAGGAGCUGGAACUCUAUAAAGAUGGAGGAAUAGCAAUUAUUGAUCAGUGGAUAUGUGCACAUGCCAGAUAUUUUAUAGGUACCUCAGUCUCAACAUUUUCCUUCCGCAUUCAUGAGGAAAGAGAGAUUCUGGGUUUUGAUCCCAAAACAACUUACAACAGAUUUUGUGGCGAUGAAGAGAGUACCUGUGAACAGCCAACUCACUGGAAAAUUGUAUAUUAAAAUAUACUGGUCUGUGCAACUGUAGUCUUUAGGCUUAUCAAUGCAAUUAAACAAUCAUUUUUGUAGAAAUAAAUUUAUUUUGAAUGUUGGUUUUUACUUUCUGGUGCUAAGCACAUAUGAAUGGUGGAAGUCAGGUGCAUUCAGCUCGCUCAGUAUUAUCAAUGACAGGUCUUCUGACAAGAUUCCAAAAUGUCUCCCUUUUAAAAAUUGAUCAUAUGAUAUUUUCUGAUGUUAAAAUAUUAUUCUGGAUACAGAACAUUAGUUUGUAUUAUCUUCAAAGCAGAAGAGAUAUUUUCUGUUUGGCUUUCUAUGUUUACAAGAAAUAAAGGUUUCUUUGUUUUUA